UUGCAGUGGCCAUCCCAUCCGACGGACGAAUUGCUCGGGCGAAGCGCCUACGCCUUGUCGAGCCCUUUUGAAUUGGACAACAGCUGUGUAGAAUUUAGCGAACACGUCAGGAGACUGGGCGAACAGCACUCAAGAUGUCGAUUGAAGACCUCGGAGAUAGAACGAUCCUUGCAUCGGUCACGGAAACCAUUAAUGCCCCGGUCAACGAAAUAUGGCCUUUCUUGUCGGCUAUUGGGGCAGAGAGAAUCUUGAUUCCAGGAUGCACACGAUCGGCAGUGUUGGAAGGCCAUGGAAAGGGUGCUGUCCGGCGCGUCUAUUUUGGUGACGUAUUUUUUGAUGAGCGCAUACUGGAAUGCGACCACAUUGCAUACAAGCUGAAGUACGAGGUGCUUGCUCCGAAUUCCGGUCCGGCAAGAGGUGUUGUUGCUGCUGUGCAGCUUCAUCGUUUUGGGCCGGAUAUGACGACUGUAACAUGGGUAUCAGGGGCGAAAGAACUUCCCAAGGAGCACGACGCGGACGUUAAGGACCAAGCCAUUGGUUUCUGUAAAGGGCAGAUUGCAUCCCUACGAAAGCUUAGCCAUGCGACGACAGCUUCUUUUUAGUCGCGCUAGAAUCAGGACAACCCAAUCUCAGGUCGCAACACUCGGAUAGCCUCAUUUGCGUGUUCCUAAGAACAUCUUUUUCU